AUGCUUGGAAAGGCUGGAGCAUCCCAGAACGAAGAAAAGCGUCUGUUCAAGGAAUAUCGUUACAACAUCAAUUUCUUUCCAAUGCUUUUAUGUCUUAUCAAUGCUGCUGUAGGUAGAGGCAUUGUCUCUCUUGGAAAUGCUUUUCGUUGUGGUGUAUUUACUUCUUUAAUUCUUUGCACAGUUAUUGGCAUAGUUAGCUAUUAUUCGAUGUACUUCUUUAUUAAAGCUGGAGCUGCAACACAUUCAGGAACCUUUGAAGAUAUUUGGGCUGCUACAUUUGGACCAAGGACUAUUUGGAUUUGCGCCUUUUUGUCCAUUUCAAGAAAAUUUGUUACUCUUAAGAGCUACUUCUCUUAUAUUAUUUCAACAAUCAUCUCUUUGAUCAAACAAUAUAGCAACACUGAUAAUGUUCCAUGGUGGGCAUUAACAAACGAGUUCUACCUUCUAAUUUUCAUUGUUUUGUUCAUUAUUCCUUUUGCUCUUACAAAAUCACUCAAAACGGUCUCAGUAAUCUCAGCCAUUUCAUGCUUUUGCAUAUUAUAUCUUCUCGCAGUUGUUAUUUACUAUUUCGUCGAUUCCGUCAAAACAAAUGGUUUUGAUCCAAACAAACAAAUUGUUUAUUUCUCUUUUGACAAGAAAGUUUCAACAUGCAUCUCAUCCUUGAUGACUGCAUACCUUGUUUACCCUCUCGCUUACCCUGGUUUAAAUCAUCUCCGUCAUGCAACAGUAAAACGCCUCAACUUACUUGCCAUUACACUCAUUGUAAUUCUUUGGGCCUUGUAUUACACAUUCGGUAUCCUUUGCUACCUUUCUCUCUUUGAUACAAACACAGGAGGUGCAAUUCUUUCUUAUUUCAAGAAAAGACCUCUUAAAACAGUCUCCGAAGUUGUCCAAAUGCUCAUGAUCGCUACAACAAUCCCAAUUGUUAUAAGUCCAAUGAGAUAUAUCAUGAUUAACAUUUACGUUAAAGUUACAACCAUUCAGUAUGCAAUUUGGGUUGUUGUUGGUAUCAUUAUUGGCCUUAUUGGCAUUGUUUUGAUUGGUGCCCAAGGUGAUUUCUCGACAUACCUCGGUUUUGCUUCUGAUGUCUUGGCUCCUGUUGUUCUUUGGGGCCUACCUGCCAUUCUUUACCUUAAGGCAUGUGGAAGACAAAACAUGUUCCACUUUAUCGGAGCAAUUUUCACAAUUUGCUUAGGAAUCGCUGCCAUUGUAUUUAUUGUCUACAUGAAGUUUUUCGCAUAA